AUGACUGCGGGAAAAUCUGCAGAUCAGUUACCAAGGAACAAGUCAGUACGGUUGAUGCAAAUGGACGACUAUAAUUUUAUAUGGAAUAAUUAUUCUGCAAAGGGAUAUAGAACUUUCUAUGCUGAAGAUGAUCCUGAUAUAGGAAUGUUUGAUUUUACUGGAGCUGGAUUUAAGAAAAAAACUCCAGGAGAUUACUACAAUAGGCCUUUUAGUGUUGCUAUGGAAAAAAAUAAAAAUAUUUGGAAUUCUUAUCACAAUUGUGUGCAUGGGAGAACAGAAACCGAUAUAGUUCUUGACUAUUUAAAGGAUUUUACGAAGAUGUUUCAGUAUAAACCACAUUUUGCUUUCUCAUUCAUCACAAGACUGACACAUGAUUAUCUUGAUGGAACAUAUAAAGCAGAUACAAUAUAUCUCAAAUUUUUCAAAGACAUGUUUGAAAGAGAUACCUUAAAAAAUACCGUUGUAUUCUUUUUUAGUGAUCAUGGAAUGCGUUUUGGUAAAGUUAGAGAAACGUUUGUUGGAAAAAUGGAAGAACGUCUUCCUUUUAUGUUGAUUGUAUUCCCCCCAUGGUUCCUUAAAAAGUAUCCAGAUAUUAAUAGAAAUUUACAAAUCAAUGCUAGAAGACUUACAACUCCUUUUGAUAUCUUCGCAACAUUAGAACAUAUUUUAGAUUUCAAUGGAAUUGCGAAAAAGGAGGUGAUAAAGAAAAGAUCUAUGAGCUUGCUCAAUGAGAUUUCCGAAGACAGAACAUGUGUUGACGCUGAUAUCCAACCUCAUUGGUGUACUUGUUCUAAACUUAAAACAUUAGAUAUUAAAAAUAAAACCGUCAUCAAUGUUGGACAUACUAUUGUAUCUUUGAUCAAUCAAGAUUUAAAAGAUUCCUUUGACGUUUGUGAACAAUUAUUCUUGAAGAGUAUAAAACACGCUCUUCUUGUAAUACCGUUUGAAAAAAGGCUUCGAAUUAAGAAGACAAGACAACACGUCAUGGAUAGGAAGGUUACAAACAACGAUCGUGUUAAGUCUUAUAUUGAUUAUCAGAUAACAGUUCAAACAACGCCUGGAGAUGCUGUCUUCGAGGUGACAUUACGAUUUGACCAGAAAGGGAAAACAUAUGACUUAGUAGGUGAUUUCAGUCGUAUUAAUAAGUACGGUAAUCAAUCACACUGUAUUGAACAACAUCAUCUUAAAAAACUUUGUUACUGUAAAAUACAGCAAUAG